AUGGAAAGAAAAAGAGAAUUAGGCAAAGUGAAAGUUGAAUAUUAUGAUACAAGAGUUGGAGUUUCAUGGAAGAGUAUCUUUUCAUGGUGUUCUGAACAAGAUAAAUUAAUUGUAUAUACUUCUUCUUGUAAUAAUAGAGAAAGGAAGCAUGUUUCUAAGAAUAAAUUUAAAGAUGUAAUAUUGAAGAAUGAUUAA